GUGGUUGGAAACUUAUAGUGCAGGUUUUCUGUACAGACUCGAUGUGUCCCCGUGCGAGUAUUUCUGCCGGAAAUUUGUUUAUUAAUAUUUGUUUCUUUAUUUCUGUUGUUGGUCUAUGUUUGGCGAUUCUGCUUUCGUUGGCAAGAGAGAGAGAGAGAGGUCCUGAAGAGUUGGCAUGCUAUUGUUUUGACGGCUUCCUUUCUUCACAGGCCUCAGAUUCGGGGAGAGAGAGAGAGAAAGGGAGGGAGGGGCACAUCUGUCUUGAAGUCUCUAAUCUGGAUGUAUGCUGGGAUGUAACUAGGCUGACCCAACGCUUUGGAUUUUCGUCCUCCUCCUCCAUUCAUUCUCUCACUCUCUAGAGAGAGGGGGAGAUCUUGGAUUCCUCUCUCUCUCUCUCUCUCUCUCUCUUUCUCUCCCUCUCUUUUAUAGACUGGAAUAGCACCCAUCUUGCAUUUCUGCUCUGUUGGAAGUCGAGAGAUCUUGGGCGCCUCUCACUCUUCUGUAGGAAGGGAUAGAGAUUCCCAUCUUGGAUUUCUGCCACUUCGUUGGAGAGAGAGAAUGGCGGUUGCAUCUCCUCUUUGUACAUGGCUAGUUGCAGCAUGCAUGUCGAGAACGGUUCUGUCCAUUACGGAGGAUAAAAAACCUCCGAAGCACGGUCUCCCCCACGGUCUCGGCCCAGGGGGGCGGCUAAGCCGGUCUGCUCGGAGGCGGAAGAUUGCCUCUCUUAUUGAUGACUUCUCAUGGCGUUCCGGUUUCAGUGAGCCAUCCUCUCUCAUUAAGACGAGCUUGGCAUCUGGUCUCCAUGGGCUUAGCUCCUGCUUGACCUUUGAGCCAUGCGAAGAUUACUACAACUCCAGGGCCUCCACUUUCUUUGGGGACGGUCGUUUCUCUCUCUUUGGUUCCAAGGCGUCUGACGCCCCUGGCCGCCGCGGAAAGAGAUCGAAUGGCAUUGCUGCUGGAAAGACUGUGGCAGUAGCUGUGCAAUCAACGGAUGAAGUGUCUGGGGAGAAGAAAGCUGUUAAGCAAAGAAGGGUGGUGGUUACGGGAAUGGGUGUAGUAACCUCAUUAGGCCAUGAACCUGAUGUUUUAUAUAGCAACCUGCUUGAGGGUGUCAGUGGAAUAAGUGAAAUUGAAUCAUUUGAUUGUGCAGAUUUUCCAACGCGUAUUGCAGGGGAAAUUAAAUCAUUUUCAACUGAUGGAUGGGUUGCACCAAAACUUUCAAAGCGGAUGGACAAAUUUAUGCUUUACAUGCUUACUGCUGGCAAGAAGGCACUGAUUGAUGGAAAGGUGACAGAAGAGGUCAUGAAAAAGCUUGAUGCUGCAAAAUGUGGUGUUCUGAUAGGCUCAGGAAUUGGUGGAAUGAAGGUCAUUCAUGAUUCUGUGGCAGCUCUCAUGGUUUCAUACAAAAGGAUGAGUCCAUUCUGUGUACCUUUUGCUACAACUAAUAUGGGAUCAGCUAUACUUGCAAUGGAUUUGGGGUGGAUGGGGCCCAAUUACUCAAUUUCAACUGCCUGUGCCACAAGUAACUAUUGCAUACUGAAUGCAGCUAACCACAUUAUACGAGGUGAAGCUGAUGUAAUGUUAGCUGGUGGCUCUGAAGCAGCAGUUAUCCCCAUUGGCAUUGGAGGGUUCAUUGCAUGCAGAGCUCUAUCUCAAAGAAAUAAUGAACCCGAAAAAGCAUCUCGUCCUUGGGAUAGUAACCGAGAUGGAUUUGUUAUGGGAGAGGGAGCUGGUGUUUUGCUGCUGGAAGAAUUAGAACAUGCCAAGCAAAGAGGAGCUCACAUCUAUGCUGAAUUUCUCGGUGGAGCCUUUACCUGUGAUGCAUAUCACAUGACAGAGCCUCAUCCCCAAGGUAGAGGCAUCAUUCUCUGCAUGGAGAGAGCUUUGGUUGAGUCUGGUGUACGGAAGGAAGACGUAAACUACAUAAAUGCACAUGCUACUUCCACACAAGCUGGUGAUUUGAAAGAAUUCAAAGCUAUGAUGCAAUGUUUCGGUCAGAACCCUGAGUUACGUGUUAAUUCUACCAAAUCAAUGAUUGGACACCUGCUGGGAGCUGCGGGGGGAGUAGAAGCUGUUGCUACUGUACAGGCAAUUCGGACAGGCUGGAUUCAUCCAAACAUCAACCUGGAAAAUCCAGAUGCAGGCGUGGAUGCCAAGGUGUUGGUUGGCCCCACAAAGGAGAGGCUAGACAUCAAGGUGGCGAUGUCAAAUUCAUUCGGCUUUGGUGGACAUAACUCUUCAAUAUUGUUUGCUCCUUAUAAAUAGGUUUUGGUUGUAAUACAAAAAAAGAGAGCGAGGGAGAGGAACGACCAUCUCUGGCCUGUACUGGCUGUGAUACACUCCAAACAUAUUGAUGUGUGGAAAAAGUUGCAUUUUCUGCAGCAAAUUUUUUCCACUCCAUUUGCUUGAGGAAAUCUGAACAGUACAGAAGCAAAUUUUUAUUGGAUUAUCACCUGCUGUAAUUUUGCUAGGAAGAUCAAUGUUUUACUACUAAUCACAAGUUUCAGCAUCUGUUCAACAUUUGUAACUUCUGAGGCAAACUUGCUAUUAAGCAUCCUUGCGGGCUUAUUGAAGAGACUGGGAAUUACAAAAUUACGGCUGUUUCUCUCUGCCGAAUGUUAAUUAUCAUCAAUUCCAUGGUUUCUGAUGGUUUUGAAGGUUCCAAGUUCUAGCUCAUGGUGAACCUAUUUGAGACUAGGGUAUUCUCAAGGGCUUGGUAUCGCAAUUUAUGUAAAUAGAUAUCAUGUGCUUAUUAUGAGAUUCAUUUCAUAUUACUUGCAAUUCAAAAA